GGGGUUAUUCUGAUGAAGAGGAAGAGGGUGAAUUCAGUUCCGUUGAGGAGGCUGACGAGAUGACGUACGGCGCGCCCGCCAGGCGGCGCCCGCAUCGACAGAUAGAGUUCAACAAAGCUGAUAUGUCGUAUACCAAGCUCUCUCGGUCACGUGACCUGAGCUACGCGGAGCGCGAGCGAAAGAGACACAGUUAUGCGCGCUCCAAGUUGCACGACAGAGACAGCGACAGCGAGCUGGAGAGCGCGGCAGCUAAACGCAAGGGCAGCCGCGGGAAGCUCACGCAACGCAACUUGAAGCAGAAGUUUGCGGCGCUGCUGCGUCGGUUCCGCGUGCCCGAGGAGCUGGGGGAGCGCGGUGCGGCGCGGGACACGCACCACGCGCAACGGGAUAUAGACGAACUGUUCCAGGAGCUGGAGUCCCUAUCGUGUGGUGAGGGUGAGGAUUCCGGACCUGACCAGAUGGACACGAUCAGCAUCGGUUCCACCCCCAAGCCCUCGCUGCGGCCCUUCUUCAGCAGCUCCCGGUCUCUUGCCAACCAGGACCAUCACCGGCACUCUAACGUGACGCGGCACGCCAGUCUCGCGUCGGCCGCCGAGCUGAGCACACCGCGCGAGAGGCUGCUGGCCACGCUGCCACUCACAGGUACACUAUAGCACCCAUGUCUCGACUGCAUGCAACUAUUAACAAUAAAAUGUGGUUUAAUAUUUAAUAAUGUACCACGAUUAUUAAUAAAAAUAAUCUUCAAUCUCACUCUUCUAUGUGUUUCAUCAUUUUCAAGGUUGCAUCUUGUCGGUACACUGUGAAUCUGGCUUUUGUUUGUUUUCUUUUCUUGUAUGCUUUUUUGCUUUAAAGCAUGUUUACUUAGCGCUUUAAUUUUUUUUAAUACUCUGAUUUGGCGUGAAAUCUU